UCUUGGCGGCGGCGGCGGCGGCGGCGAAGAGCGCUCGGGCGGACCACUCUGCUUUCCCGCGCGGCGCCGCCUCCUGCCGCGCCUCCGCCUCCUGCUCGGCCCCGCCGCCGGCUUCCUCCUCCCCAGACUGCCCUCAGCCCGCGCGCCAGCCGGCUCCGUUAUGGCGACCCGCAGCCCCAGCGUCGUGAUUAGUGAUGAUGAACCAGGUUAUGACCUAGAUUUAUUUUGUAUACCUAAUCAUUAUGCUGAGGAUUUGGAAAAGGUGUUUAUUCCUCAUGGACUAAUUAUGGACAGGACCGAACGGCUGGCUCGAGAUGUGAUGAAGGAGAUGGGAGGCCAUCACAUCGUGGCCCUCUGUGUGCUCAAGGGGGGCUAUAAAUUCUUUGCUGACCUGCUGGAUUACAUCAAAGCACUGAACAGAAAUAGUGAUAGAUCUAUACCUAUGACUGUAGAUUUUAUCAGACUGAAGAGCUACUGUAAUGACCAGUCAACAGGUGACAUAAAAGUAAUUGGUGGAGAUGAUCUCUCAACUUUAACUGGAAAGAAUGUCUUGAUUGUUGAAGAUAUAAUUGACACUGGCAAAACCAUGCAAACCUUGCUUUCCUUGGUCAAGCAGCAUAAUCCAAAGAUGGUCAAGGUUGCAAGCUUGCUGGUGAAAAGGACCCCACGAAGUGUUGGAUAUAGACCAGACUUUGUUGGAUUUGAAAUUCCAGACAAGUUUGUUGUAGGAUAUGCCCUUGACUAUAAUGAAUACUUCAGGGAUUUGAAUCAUGUUUGUGUCAUUAGCGAAACUGGAAAAGCAAAAUACAAAGCCUAAGAUGAGAGUUCAAGUUGAGUUUGGAAACAUCUGGAGUCCCAUUGAAGUCACCAGGAAAAUUAUCAGAUGUUCUAGUUCUGUGGCCAGCUGCUUAGUAGAGCUUAUUGCAUGUAUCUUCUAAGAAUUUUAUCCGUUUUGUAUUUUAGAAAGGUCAGUUGCUGCAUUCCCGAACUCUUUAUUUGCACUAUGAGCCUAUAGACUAUCAGUUCCCUUUGGGUGGAUUGUUGUUUGACUUGUGAAUGAAAAAUCUCUUAAACCACACCACUAUUGAAUGAAAAUAUUGAAAUUGUAUCUGUAAGAAACAUUGAAAGAGGAGAAUAUAUUAGUUUUCUAAUUGGUAUUUUAAUUUUUAUAUAUUCAGGAAAGAACAGAAGUGAUUGAAUAUUGUUAGUUAUACCACUGUGUGUUUAGAAAAGAAGCAGUCAGUUUCAUAUCAGUGACAGCAUUUAGAGGUAUCGUUAUGUUGGAUAAACCAUAUGUCCUGGAGUUAUUUUAGUAGGUUUCAGUAGUAUUAACUGUAUUUUCCCGCUUGUUCAGAUUAUUUCUGGCGAAUCUUUGUCAACAGUUCCUUUUAAAUACAGGUAAAUAAGUUCUAAAAACCUACCACUUUUUGAAGUCUUCAAUGUAAAAAUCCUUAAAAUAAAGGCUGUCUCUUUAAAAGAAACUA